AUGUCAGAAGUAAAGAAUAGUGUUAUACAAGAGAUUAUAAAGAAGAUACAAAGAUAUGUAUUCGAGAGACGGUUACGUAUUGACGAGGCAUUCGCUGACUUUGAUCCAUAUAAACAUAAGAUUAUCACUUCGACUCAGUUUAUUAGAGCUUAUGAACUCUUGGCACAAUACUAUCAAGUGCAGAAUGGUAUGAUACAUUAUGCUAAUUUCUGUGAUGAUGUAAAUAAAGUAUUCUGUUUAUAUAAGCACUUAGAGAAGUAUCCAACAGUAGAGAUACCACAACCAGGUAGUACUAUUGGUGAAGAAAAACAUGAUCAUAUCACUACUACUACUAUCACCGACCUUGAUGAGAAAAGGUUUGAGGUCUUUGAUCAUCAUAAUACUGGUAGUGUUACUACUACACAAUUCUUGCGGAACUUCCCAUUAUAUGGAGCUCUUACUAAGGAUGAGAAGGAUAUAUUACUCAAACGGGCUCUUAAUGUGAGGUAUGUAGCACUAUGUAAUGAUGUAGAUGUAAUAUUCACUAAUAAUCGUGUUAUUGAUGAUCUCACUUUCCAACCUUCAAUGCCUGGAUCAUUAAAGACUAGUCCUACUAGAGGUAGUAAUGAUAAUAAUAGUAGACAAUUGAGUAAGGAGGAAAUGACAGUGAUCGAGAGUAUUGAAAGACAUAUUAUUGCAAGGAUAAAGCAGUUAAGGAUCCCAUUGAAACCUCAAUUUAUCAACUUUGAUAAAUGUGCUACACACACUGUUAGUGUAUCACAAUUUAAAAGGGUGCUCGUUGGACUGCUGAGAUUUGAUGAUAGUCUUAGUGAGGAAGAUAUGGAUCUAUUAGCAAAGAAGUUUACCAAGAAGUAA